AUGCCUGCGCCCACCGAGAUUCCCAACACUGCCGCGCUAGACACGCUGCUCGCCUCCCUCAAGCCGGGCCAACUCGCCGUCCUCGACUUCCACGCUGUCUGGUGCGGCCCAUGCAAGUUCAUUGCGCCAGUGCUGGCCCGCAUUGCCACCUCGUACCCUGACAUCGUGGUGGCCAAGAUUGACGUCGACAAGAACAAGGAGCUCGCCAAGCGGUACAGCGUCACAGCCAUGCCGACGUUCAAGUUUAUCAAGAAUGUCGACGGCAAGCCCACGGUCGUCGAGACUAUGCGCGGGGCAGAUGCCAAGGGCCUCGUCGCGAAUGUUGGCAAGCAUGCUUCGGCGCCGCCGACUGAGGAGGUGAAGAUUGACGACCUUGCCCAGCCGGGGCUGCCGCCAGUUCUGCGAAUGCUCAUAAUUAGAGAUAGGCUGUUGCAUGCUCGCCUUACCUUUGCAUUACAAUGUAUCUAUACGUGCUUGCACCACAUUGUCCGCUGCGUUGCAGUCAGUCACGACCGGCUCCCAAGCCAGGUUUGCCGUUGA